AUGGCGUCAGACGAAAUUGUCUGGCAAGUCAUUAACCAGCAGUUCUGUGCAUUCAAGCUCAAAACCACAAAAGGCCAGAAUUUCUGUCGCAACGAAUACAACGUUACCGGAUUAUGCAAUAGACAAAGCUGUCCGCUGGCGAAUUCUCGAUAUGCUACGGUUCGAUCGGACCCUGAAACGGGUACCAUGUACCUCUACAUGAAGACCAUUGAACGGUCCCAUAUGCCUAGCAAAUGGUGGGAGCGGAUCAAGCUGUCAUCAAACUACGCAAAAGCGCUUGCACAGGUCGAUGAGCGGCUGAUAUAUUGGCCAAAAUUUCUCAUUCACAAAUGUAAACAACGUCUGACGAGGUUAACGCAAGUUGCCAUUCGGAUGAGGAAGCUGGCCAAGGAGGAAGAAAGGCUUGGCGAAAGAGUUGUGCCUAAGCUGGCGCCGAAGAUCAGGAGACGUGAAGAAACUCGAGAGCGCAAGGCCGAGUCUGCUGCCAAGGUUGAACGCGCUAUCGAGCGUGAGCUUAUCGAGCGGCUCAGGAGUGGUGCUUAUGGCGAUCGACCGCUCAAUGUGGAAGAGGGGAUCUGGAAGAAGGUUCUUCGUGGUUUGGAGAGACAGGGAGAAGGCGAGAGGGACGAGGAUCUGGAUGAAGGCGAGCAGUAUGAUGAAGAGGAGGAGGAGGAAGAGGGAGUCGGUGAAGUCGAGUAUGUCAGUGACUUCGAUGAGGAGGAGGAGGAUCUCGAGGAUAUCGAAGACUGGCUUGGAGGCGACUCAGCUGACUCGAGUGACGACUACGAUGACGACGAGGACAGCGAUGAAGAAGAAGGCAGUGAGGGCUCAGCCGAUGAGGAGCAGAAGAAGCCAGCAGCUGGCACCAAACGCAAGCGCGCUGCUCCCCCUCCCAAACCGCGCAAAAAGGGCAUUCGCAUUGAGAUCGAGUACGAAACUGAAGGACCUGGCAAGGAAAGCGUUCUGGCAUAA